CCGGGUGGCAUGACGGGCUGCAAGGCUCUAUUCGGAGGAAACAUUAAGCAGGUGAUUAUCAACGAGGCGUGGCCGCAGCUAAGACGUAUAGAUGAGAGCAUCGAUGUUGGGAACCAUAUGGAAGAAGAAUAUGCUGCACCUUCGGUACGGUGAGCGUAAUGGGCCCCGCAAUCGUAACUAUAAGCAACCUUCGGAUACUGGCCUGAACGGCCAGCUGAAGAAUGCUUCAGAUCACCAGCCAAGCGAAUACCUCAUGCGGUGUUUGCAAGUGUCAGGUCUCAUUGGAAUAAUAAAAAAUACAGUAGGAUAUCAUAUCAGUACAUCAUGCUGCGUGCAAAGUGGUGGCCGCCAGCGACUACGACCCCGAGCCAGACGACUUCUUCCCACCAAAUCUGCCUCCACUCAACAAACUGCCUGACUCCCUCAAUAGCAGACCCAUCCCCAUAAUGACCGCCCCUGUAAUCGCGAAUGGCGCCGCGAGUAUCAUGCCCACGCCUAGGCCAAUGUCCUUCAGGAUCGCGCCCUUCUGCACCUCAGGAGCCUUCUCGAAGGCAUCUGCACGGUGCGCCCAGUCCUCGCGCACGGCGUCCUCCGGAUGGCGCUCGGCGAUGUCCCGCAUGGAAGCGACGAUAGACCGCUCGAGCUCGGGUGUGCGCGACGUCCAGUUGUAUUUGCGUAUGCGGCUAUCCAGCUUGCGCAGGGCUGCACGGCAUUCGUCUUCUGUCAUCCUCGAGACCUUCUUGGUCUCUGAUUCGAAUGGAGGGGAGGAGGAGGAGGGGUCUGCCUCCGACGUCUUGGGUGGGGGUCCAGUGUACGGUGGAGGCAAGGCCUUUUCGUCGAUGAUAGCCAUGAUGAUGUGGUGGAUAGACUCGGAUUCAAGGAUGGGAGGAUUCGUGGGAUGUUUUCGAUUCUCGCUGGUAUGCGCACAUUUAAAUAGUCAACGCAAUGUAGGGCUGCGGAUGCUGCGCAGAGUUCCUCGCGCCGCGGGUAGUCAUCUUGGUUUGCAACGGAGAAACUCGAUGACAGGUCGGUGGCAGUGCGACACCCCAUCAGUG